AUGUCGCGUUCUUCUGUGCGAAAUCGCAAACGCGAGACAAGCCAUGCUCGAAAGGUCAAUGGCCACGCAACAUCCUCGCCAAUUUCAUCCCCCUGGUGGGUUUCUAAAACACCAUACCUCACAGCGGCGACUCUCCUCGGAGCCUCUUGGCGGUCCACCCCGCCUAGCGAGUGGGAGAAUCGACGGCAGCAGGUCAAAGAUGCUUUUGUCAGUAGCUGGGAUGCGUAUUCCAAAUACGCCUGGGGCUAUGAUCAGUUUCACCCGAUUUCCAAGCAAGGCUCAAUGAUGAGCCCGAAGGGACUUUGUUGGAUCAUCGUUGACAGUCUCGACACGAUGAUGAUCAUGAACCUUGCAUCUCAACUAGCCGAUGCAAGAAGCUGGUUGCAUCGCAGCCUAGAUUAUGAGCAAGAUCAAGAUGUCAAUACGUCCGAGACCACGAUACGCAUCAUCCACUUGGCAAGCCGAAGAGGUCUUGUGUCAGAUGCUGAUGGCGGCGCUUCGUCGACAGCAGAAGCAACAACACUACAGAUCGAGAUGAAAUACCUGUCGAACGUUACCGGCAACGAGAUAUACUGGCGUAAAGCUGAGAAGGUUAUGGAGGUUGUUGACAGCGUCAACGUGCACGAUGGUCUCAUACCAAUCUUCAUUACGCCCCGUUCGGGUCAGUUUACGACGCGAGAAAUCCGUCUCGGAAAGUACCUCAUCAAGCAGUAUCUACAAACAUCCGAGCCAAUCUACCUCCAGAUGUGGGAGGAGGCUUUGAUAGGAAUUCAGAAGCAUCUGAUCAUUCCGACCAAGCAUGCAAAGCUUAUCAUCGUCGCCGAACUACCUAGCGAAAUUGGCGGCUCGUUAUCGCCAAAGAUGGACCCUCUUGUCUGCUUUCCCCCCGGCACCAUCGCACUCGGAGCGACAAACGGGCUCACCGAAGCUGAAGCCCGCCGUCUACCCAGCUGGAAUAACGACACUUCUCAACAAAUGAAACUGGCAAGAAAGCUUACAAAGACCUGUUGGGGCAUGUACAAGGUGACCGACACCGGUAUAGCACCGGAAUUCGUGUGGUUUCAGGCGAGCGAUGAUUCAUUGCAGUCUAGGAAGAGUAUGCCGCGCGCGCCCUUGGCUCGCAGUUCAAACUCCGAAGAGGUCUGGAAGAAAGACUUCAACAUCAAACCCCUUGAUGCGCAUAAUCUCCAGCGACCGGAAACGGUCGAAAGUCUAUUCAUGAUGUGGCGUAUUACAAAGGAUCCCAUUUACCCAGAGUGGGGCUGGGAGAUCUUCCAAGCCUUCUUGGACUACUCGACCGUUCCGCUACGAGAGGAUUUCAUUUCUCUCAAUGACGUGAAUGCUAUUCCGCCUCCGCGACGAGACAAUAUGGAGAGCUUUUGGCUGGCCGAAACGCUCAAGUAUUUAUACCUGCUCUUCUCACCGGACGACGUUCUUCCUCUCACUGAUGUAGUGUUCAACAUCGAGGCGCAUGUGUUUCCUAGGAUGGGCAUGGGCAAAUUCAAGACAGGCUGGCAACGCAAGCCUAGGAAGAGUGCACGAGGCCCGUGA